AUGGAGACAGAGAAUGAGACCAUCUGCUCCUCAGGCAGCUCCUCAGGAGGGUCCAAAGAGUACAAGGUGGUGAUGUUGGGAGCAGGGGGAGUUGGUAAAAGCGCAAUGACAAUGCAGUUUAUCAGUCACCGGUUUCCUGAUUAUCAUGAUCCCACCAUAGAAGAUGCUUAUAAGACUCAGGUUCGGAUUGAUGAUGAGCCCGCCUAUCUGGAUAUUUUGGAUACUGCUGGACAGGCAGAAUUCACAGCUAUGCGGGACCAGUACAUGAGAGGUGGAGAGGGCUUCAUCAUAUGCUACUCUGUCACUGACCGGCAGUCCUUCCAGGAAGCUGCUGGGUUUAAAGAGCUCAUUUAUCAGGUUCGCCACACCUACGACAUUCCUUUGGUGCUAGUGGGGAACAAAAUUGAUCUGGAGCAGGCCAGACAGGUAUCCACUGAAGAAGGCUUGAGUCUAGCCCGAGAGUACACCUGUGCAUUCUUUGAGACAUCAGCAGCUCUGCGCUUCUAUGUUGAUGAUGUUUUUUAUGGUUUGGUGAGAGAAAUCCGCAAGAAAGAAUCCAUGCCAUCUCUGAUGGGGAAAAAAUUGAAAAGAAAAGACAGUCUUUGGAGGAAAUUAAAGGGCUCCCUGAAGAAGAAGCGGGAAAAUAUGACAUGACCCCUCAGCCUAAGAUUGACUGACAUCUUUCUCUCUCCAGAGCUGAUCAGUCUGACAAUUACAGAUGUAGCAAUUCAUUAUACAACCUCUGAUUUUCCACAUUUUUCCCCCUUCUUCUUCAACUCUGCCUAUAGGUAAAAGCAAAAUCUGUGUAUCUGUGUUUCCCG